AUGGGUCAGCGGUCAACUGUUUACUCGGCCCACAUUCCGAGGAGGAAAAUGGGCCCCCGCGCGGGAGUGCGACUCGCUCCAGAGACAGUUAACUCAGCGACACCCGGGGGCCCGACCCCCCAGUUCGGCCUCCUCGGCCCCUCUGCACGCACGCGCAGUCGCAGAGCUCUUCCUGCGAAGAAGCUGCGGAUACUCAGCGGCGGCUGCGUCAGCGCGUGUGGCCGCGAGAGGGCCUCGAACGGCCUCACGUCACUGUGUGCGACGGCGCCUGCGCCGGAGAGCAUGCUGCCAGCCGCGCGGCGAGGUCUGGGCCUCGUACGGCUGCGGCUCCUUCGGGGGUGGCCUGGGCUCACGACCUUCUUCCAGCGCGGCCUUGGGCCAGAGCCCUUGGAGACAGCCCGGUCACUGUGUUGCGAAUCCUCCCCUAGAGACGCACGGGAUGGAGAGGGACGGCGCGAAGCGGCACGGAAGAAAGCCCCCGGCACAGAGUCGCCCCCGUCUCUCCCUCCGCGCGUCCGAGGCACUGGGACCAGACGUCUUUCGUCGCUGGAAAGCCUCAGACUGCCGACGCCACGAGAGGAGUCACCCCCUCAAGAGCGCGAGGACUCGAGCGGAGACCAGGGCCAACCCGGUCCCGCCCACCGGGGAGCUGGGGGUCCCUUGCCGCCCUCCCUGGCCCAGUCCGGGAGCGAGGUAGAAGAGCUUCAUGGCUCCUCUUCCCGAUCGACUUCCAGAGAGGGGCCCUUUCGCGCUGGGGAGCUGAUCUUAGCCGAGACGGGGAAGAGAGAAACACAAUUUAAAAAAUUAUUUAGGUUGAGUAACGCCGGACACUUAAAUAGUAGCUGGGGGACAGUCCCGUUCAGCGAGAUCGUGGGGAAGUUUCCCGGCCAGAUACUGAGGAGUUCCUCUGGGAAGCACUUCAUGCUGAGGAGGCCGGCGUUGGAAGACUAUGUAUUACUGAUGAAAAGAGGGCCUGCCAUAACAUAUCCGAAGGAUAUGAAUAUGAUACUGUCGAUGAUGGAUAUCCACCCAGGUGAUACUGUUUUGGAAGCUGGCUCAGGCUCUGGUGGAAUGAGCUUAUUUUUAUCCAAAGCAGUGGGAUCACAAGGACAAGUCCUCAGUUUUGAAAUACGAAAAGACCACCUUGAAUUGGCUAAGAAGAAUUAUAAAAACUGGUGUGAUUCAUGGAAAAUAAGUCAUGUAGAAGAGUGGCCAGACAAUGUGAAUUUUAUUCAUAAGGAUAUUUCAGGAGCAACUGAAGAUCUAAAAUCUUUAACAUUUGAUGCGGUUGCUUUGGAUAUGUUGAAUCCUCAAGUUGCUUUGCCUGUUUUAUACCCAAAUCUUAAACAGGGUGGUAUAUGUGCUGUAUAUCUAGCAAACAUCACACAGGUUAUUGAACUUUUAGAUGGAAUUCGCAUCUGUGAACUUGCUCUCACAUGUGAAAAGAUAAGUGAAGUUAUUGUCAGAGAUUGGUUGGUUUGCCUUGCAAAACAGAAAAAUGGAACUUUACCUCAAAAAGUAGAACCUAAAAUCAAUACAGAUUUACAAUUACAUUCUCAAAAGAAAGUUAGUAUUGAAGAUGAGGUGUUUCAAGAGGAUGACCAUGAAGAAUCACAUUCGGAUUUUCCAUAUGGAUCAUUUCCCUAUAUUGCUAGACCUAUACACUGGCAAACUGGUCAUACAGCAUUUCUUGUCAAGCUGAGGAAGUUUAAACCACAACUUAACUGAGUACCUCAGAGGGUAGCAACUGAUGUGAAGAAGGAAAGGUAUCAAAAUAGAACUUUAUAUUGCAAAACACUACUUUCAUAGAUUGAAAUUUUUUGCUAUAUGAUUUGUAUAACUUUUACAUAUAAUUUCAAAAAAUAACAAAAGCUGAAGGAAGAUGUGUAACAUUUCAAAACAAUUUAAAUGUCCCAUUUUGACACUUGUCUUGUAGUUUGACAUUUUGUAGUUAAUGAUUCCAGGUUGGUUUAGUUGAGCCAUUUCAUUCUUCACUUCCUGUAAACCACUCCAUAGAUUUGUCUUUCUUCAUAAAAUUAGUUUUCUUUUCUUUGUCUGAUUGAUGGUCGUUGGCUACCAAAAUAAAAUACGCAUUUUAAGAUAAAUUUUAAUGUAUUUGUGUAUUUUAAGUACAUUUUUUUUUUUUAAUUUUUUUUUUCAACGUUUAUUUAUUUUUGGGACAGAGAGAGACAGAGCAUGAACGGGGGAGGAGCAGAGAGAGAGGGAGACACAGAAUCAGAAACAGGCUCCAGGCUCUGAGCCAUCAGCCCAGAGCCUGACGCGGGGCUCGAACUCACGGACCGCGAGAUCGUGACCUGGCUGAAGUCGGACGCUUAACCGACUGCGCCACCCAGGCGCCCCUUAAGUACAUAUUUUAAUGGCUUGUCUGUAUCUUAAAAAGUAGCGAAAUCUGGGUUAUAGUAAAUAAUAGGAAAACUGAUAAGAAUCAUAUAACCAUCUUAAAAACUGUAAUAGAAGAUGUAACAAUUGACUCUUUUAUCAGAAUCAUUUUAACUUGUUUGAAAGAACAUCAGAAUUAAUUAGGGGUUUAUUAUUCAUAGGCAUCAGUUAUUUAGCAUUUACCAGGUACCCUACAUUGUUUUAAACUUUAUAUAAUGUUUUUUCAUUUAAUAGAGGUAGCUUAUCUUUAAGGUUAUCUAUAUUCUACAGGUAAACAAAAACGUAGAGUGGCUAGGUUAUUGUUUAGAUACGGGUUUUUAUAGUUUUUAUGUUUGUUUAUUUUUUGAGAGACAGAGCACGAGUUGGGGAGGGGCAGAGAGAGAAGGAGACACAGAAUCCGAAGCGGACUCCAGGCUCUGAGCUGUCAGCACAGAGCCUGAUGCGGGCUCAAACUCACAAACUGUGAGAUCAUGACCUGAGCCGAAGUCGGACGCUUAACCAAUUGAGCUACCCAGGUGCCCCAAUGUUUUAUAGUUUUUAAAGGGUAGUACCUGGGAGGAUAAAUGCUGCUAUUCCUGGAUUUAUCCCUUAGGCUAUUUAAAAUAAUAAAUAUUCUAAAUAACAUUUUACAUAUUUUUCAUUUUUUGGAAAAUUUUAACAUCUCUGCUUUUUUAGACCAUAAAGUUUAACUAGGCAUUAAAUAGUCACACAAAUAGAAAAUUGUUAUAUGCUCCAAAGAAGUACAGAGUACUAUAAUAGAGGUUUUGCUCUGGCCAAGUAAUUACCUAUGCAAGUGACAAGUGAGCUGAGACCUGAAUGGUAAGUACAAGUUAACUAUAGCAGGGAAAAUGAGAACAAAAAAGGCCAGUGAUGCUGGGGUUGAGUGAAAGAGACCCGAAAAAUAAGUAGGGGUUAGGUCAUGCAGGAUCUUCUAGACCUCUUAAGCUUGUCUAUCCUAAGAAAAAUAGGGUCUCAUUGAAGGAUUUAGUGAAGUGAGGGGUAACAUGCUUAGAUCUGUGUUUUGGAAAAAAAUCACUCGUUGUAUUUGGGGAACAGACUGAAUCAUAUAAGCAGAUUAGUCUUCUGAUGUCAUAUUUCUUUAUGGUAACUAUCUAAACACUCAUACAGUAAUAAUGGCUUUAUAGUUUUCAUAACACUUCAGAUACAUAGAAGCUCUGAAGUAUUUUUUUUUUUUUUUGGAAGUUUAUUUAUUAUUGAGAGACAGAGAGAGACACAGUGUGAGCAGGGGAGGGGCAGAGAGAGAGGGAGACAUAGAAUCUGAAGCAGGUCCCAGGCUCUGAGCUGGCAGCACAGAGCCCAACGUGGGGCUCGAACUCACAAACCACGAGAUCAUGACCUGAGCCGAAGUCACUUAACUGACUGAACCACCCAGGCACCCCUGAAGUACAAUUUUAAGUUCUGUCAUGGAACAUGCCUUUUUCUUCUGUCCUGUGUUUAACCAGUAGUGAAAUUCUUCAUGUAUUAUUUUAAAUGCAAGUUCUAAUUGUACUACAUGGAGAAGGGGCUGGCUUAACAGCAAAGAAAAGUUGUGCCUCUACUCCUAUUUCACGUAGAAUAAUUAGUUUCUGUUCAGUACACUGCACUCAAUUCAACUAUUGACGUUGAAUUGAACAAGAUGUCUUUAACGGUGUCCAUUCUAAUAAAUAUUGAUGAAUUGAAAACCAAACUACAUAAGCAAAUAAGCAUUUAUUUAUAUGGUUAAAGUCCAGCUUAAGCCCUUUCUCCAUGUCUCCAUUGAACAUUAAGCAUGUUAACAAUCUUGCUUAUGGGACAGAUGUGUUCUUUUUUAUUUUUUUUAUAUUUAAAGUAAGCUCUUUACCCAUUGUGGGGCUUGAACUCACAACUCCGAGAUCAAGAGUCGCAUGUUCCACUGACUGACCCAGCCACACGCACCGCCUACAGAUGUGUUCUUUUAAAGUUAACCUUUCUUAAAUUCGUGUCUGGCUGUCAUCUCUCAUACUGUAAACUCCUACAGAUUUGUGACUGAUUCCGUUGUCUUCCUAGUACCUUCCAGAGAUCCCACCUUUUCCACCCACUAAUGGUCAAUAAAAAUGUGCUGAUGGCUGUAAACCUA